AUGCCUUCCAGUUACUUGCUUCUGUUUCUUCUUGGAGUGACGGUUUUCACUACCACUCCUUCUCUUGCUGAUCACCGCGAUGAUCACCACAAUCCACCGAUUCAAAAGCCUCCUACCCAUCCCUCAGACAACCACAAACCGCCCAUCCACAAACCUCCCAUGGUGGAAGUCUCUCAUCUUCAGAAGUCACCACAACCCCCCAAACACAAGCCUCCAACAACAUUAAGUAAGCAAGAGCCACUCUCGGAGCACAAGCCAUCAACCCCACGUGAUCAACCUCCAAAGGGUAAGGGAGAGAAGCCACCACCGGAGCACAAGUCACCUCAUGAUCACCGCUUAUUGGAGACCGAUGGAAAAUCUUCUAAGGGAGACAUGUCACCACGAGAGCACAAUGAGCCUCGUAAGGGAGAAAAGCCACCACCGGAGCACAAAGGAAACCCAGGCGAGCAACCUCACAAGGGUCACGAGCACAAACCUCCCCAUGAACAAAACGUCGGACGUCGUUUGUUAGAGUCUUCUUCCUCAGAGUUGGAUGGUAAGCCACCUAAGGGAGAGAAGCCGCCACAAGAACGCAGUGAGCCUCACAAGGAAGUUAAGCCACCACCAAAGCAUAAGCCACCUCAUGAACACCAGUUGUUAGAGUUGGAUGGAAAACCUUCCAAGGGAGAGAAGCCAUCGCAAGAGCACAAUGAGCCUCGUAAGGGAGAUAAGCCACCACCAGAGCACAAACCAGGACAUCCAGUUAAUGAACUUCAUAAGGGUGAGAAGCCACCACCAAACCACAAACCACCUCACGAACAAAACACUGGACGCCGUUUGCUAGAGUCUUCCUCAACUGAGUUGGAUGGUAAGUCUCCUAAAGGAAAGAAGCCACCCCCAAAACACAAGCCGCCAACCCCACUCGACAAAAAUGAUGAUCACAAGCCAUUCCCGGAACACAAGCCACCAAAGGGUAAGGGAGAGAAGCCACCACAUCACGACCGUCACCUUGGAGAGAAUGCAGAGAAGGAUGCCAGAGACACACCACACAAGCCACCUCGGAAAUUAAAGCCUCCAAGUACUGUUGCAAAGAAGCCUCCAACUGCCCCUCACAAGCCACCUCACAAACCUCCAUCUCCCUAUUGA